UACAAUAUCCUAUUCUCCCAGGGACCCGACCACAAAACCUUCCACCUUCCUCCUCGCCGUGCUCGUCACCGCUCCGCCGCCCGCGUCCCCCGCCCCGCGGCUCCAAAUCCAAACCCAAAUCGCUCCGAAAUUGCACCCGAACUGGUGAAUCCUUCCCAAAUUUCUCCAAACCUCACCCCACCCCACCCCAUCCCGCUGAAUUCGUUUCGAAUCAGACGGACGCAGCCACCCAUCUGAGCUCUGGCUGCCUCGCCCUGCUACGCUUCCUCCUCCUCCUCCCAUGGCGUUUCACUUCGCAUGCCCCAUCACUUGCAGGAGGGUGUGCGACUGCGAGCUAGGGUUCGGCGCGGCGGCUGCGGCGAGGAAGGGGGCUCCCGCGGCAGCGGCGGCGGCGCUCGACGGGUUCCUCGCAAAUCCGUGGCUGCUGCGGCCGGUUGGGACCGAGCCGGAUGGGGCGGCAGCGGCGACGGUGCAGGUGGAGGUGCCGCCUCUGGAGCCGCCGCCGGAUGAGGGGGAGGACGAGGCGCGCCGGUCGGCGGCGCAGCGCGGCGCGGCCGCGGCCGAGGACCUCGCCAGGCGGUUGGAGGGCGGCGCCUUCGGAUCAUCGGAGGCUGAAGGAGAUGAAGAGGACUGGGACCGAGAAGAUCAAGGCAAUGCUGCUGUCAAGGUUAUCUGCCGUUUAUGUUUUUCAGGAGAAAAUGAGGGCAGCACAAAAGCUGCGAAAAUGCUUCCAUGUAAACUCUGCAACAAAAGAUACCAUAGGAAUUGUUUGAAAGGCUGGGGGGAACAUAGAGAUCUCUUUCACUGGAGCUCAUGGAUCUGUCCAUCCUGCCGUAGCUGUGAGGUGUGCCGACGGCCUGGUGAUCCCAAUAAGUUGAUGUUUUGUAAAAGGUGUGAUGGUGCCUAUCACUGUUACUGUCAGCAACCAUCACACAAGAAUGUUACCAAUGGACCAUACUUAUGUCCAAAACAUACGAGGUGUCACAGCUGUGGAUCUGGUGUACCUGGGAGUGGCCAUAGCACAAGGUGGUUUUUGGGGUACACAUGUUGUGAUGCGUGUGGGCGAUUGUUUGUGAAAGGAAACUACUGCCCGAUUUGCUUGAAGGUUUAUAGAGACUCUGAAGUAAUACCUAUGGUUUGCUGCGAUGUUUGUGAAAAGUGGGUGCAUAUUGAGUGCGAUGGCAUCAGUGAGGAAAAGUACCAACAGUUCCAAGCUGACCAAAACCUCCAGUAUACAUGCGCAUCAUGCCGCGGCGAAUGCUCCCAGAUUAGGGACACUGAAGAUGCAAUUCGGGAACUUUGGAGGAAGAGGGACAUUGUUGACCAUGAUCUUAUGGUUAGUUUACGGUCUGCUGCUGCACUGCCUUCUCUGGAAGAUGUCUCACCAUCUCAUCCAAACUCGGAUGAUGAAAGACUUAAUGCAUAUGUGUUGAAAAAUGAUGGAAGAAAUACUCUAAAAUUUUCGUUGAAAAGUAACAGUAGUAAGCCUCCAUCAGAGACACCUGAGCAAGAGAACAUUGUUCUCAAGAGCCCUGGGUUGAAUAAGAAACAUUCCAAAAAGAAAGGCAAUCAGAGUAAUAGAACAGUUGACAGCCAGGAUGAUAUAUUUUUGGAGAGAAGGCAUGAAGCUAAAUCAUCAAAUAGCCAUUUGGGAGAUCAAAAUGUAGAUAUUAAUCAUGAUAUGAAUUUUUUUAAGAAUGAUGGUAAUGCAUAUCUUUCAUCUUCAACUCGAAGUUCAGAGAAGAAUUUGAAAUCUUCAUCCACAAAAGCUGUGGCAGACAACACUGAUAUGAUACGGAAAGUCAAGAUUAAAGGGAGUAAGGUUCCAAGUUUGCAUUUCAAGGAUGCAGGUGAGGAAAAUACUCCCAAGAGUGACACAGGGAAAGGUACCAAGUUAGUUAUCCAUCUUGGCUCGCGACACAAAAGUAGGAGUGGCUCUCCCAAGUCUGAACUGUCCAAUUCUCAAAGAGAGCAAGAGCUGGGUUCAAUGCAUGGAGGCAAAGUUGAUGUGACAAGCCAGCUGAAAAGCUCAAGGAGCGAGAUAAAAGAAAAAAGUGUAAUGAAGCUAGUUAGAGAGACUGGGGUACAGCAAAGAAAUAGCCUUUUGGGAGAUCUUGGUUCCUCAAAAAAGCAUGCAACUGGAAAAAGGAGCAAUGCUACAAUUUCUGGUACGGAAAAUGCAAAUGAAAGCGGUACGAGGAACAGAUCAUUUGGACAUAAACAGUCUCUUGCUAGUCAGUUGAACGAGAACCAGGGAGUUGCUGCUCCAUUUUCCUCUGACUCUCCUGACAACUUGAAGCCAUCAUUGCUCAAACUUAAAUUUAAGCGUCCCCAUUUCGAGCAGCCAAACACCCAGGCCUCUCAACCAGAGGGGCCUGUCACCUGGGCUUCUCAGCAAGAGGAGCAGUUAAAUGUUGCUAAAGGCCAGAGAUCAAAGAGGAAGAGACCUUCGAUGGACAAGGUGGAUGGUUUGGAUGGUAAGUCUGCCAAGAGGCAUCAACAGAGUACAGAUGAUGAAGUAAUGGAUGCAAACUGGAUACUGCGCAAGUUGGGCAAGGAUGCGAUCGGAAAGAGGAUUGAGGUCCAUCUAGCUUCUGAUGGCAAAUGGCAUCAAGGGGUGGUGUCGAAUGUCAUCAAUGGCAUACUGCGUGUUCAAUUAGAUAAUGGCAGAUCUGAGAACGUGGAGCUGGGAAAGCAGGCCAUCCGCUUGAUAGCUCAAAGAUCAAAGGGUGGAAAGCGAUGAAACCUUUUCCCAUAUGCAGCCUAGAUCCUGUUCUCACUCAACUCAUUGCCAGGAAUGUGGCAGGCAGAGCUCACCAGGUUGACAUCCCAAUCGCUACUGCUGUUCAAGGGGGUCUCUCUGCCUAGCUGCCUUUGCUGACUGGACGAGGCAUGGAGCACAUCACCUGUGGCGUGGUGUUUCGCUAGCCUAGCAUGUAACAACAGACUUUUUGUUUUCGUGUUUCGAGCUGUUUGAAGCCCAUUGGCUUCCAUUAGAUUCUGUUAGUGUAGAGAAACCGAGGUUUUAGGGUACCAUGGAUGUAAAAGAAGCUGGUAGUCACAUGUGAUUGCUGUGUGUACAUGUAGCUGUCGAGUGAGUUUUUUCAUAAUUCGUUUGUGGUA